CCCGCAGCGCGGCAAUUAGCGUUCAUGAACUUGGCCCAAGCCGAAGCCGCCAUGGCUGACCGCGUAAUCGAACAACGGUGGAAUCCUCCCGUAUAUGACCCUACUCUACCGCAGAAUGAUUCUGAUCGUGUGGAAUGGGUCAAAAGACUGCUUGGCGCUAUGCAAGAUACCAGUAUAUGCGAUGACAAGAAAGACUCCGACACAUUCAAGAACCGCUGGUUGAACCCACAUAUCCCUUUCCACAACCCGCAAGCAAUGGAGAAGGUUUGCUGGAAACUCCUCGACAUUGCUGAGCGCCUCCAUGAGCUUGGACCGGCGGCUCUAGACGUUUAUGACUCCACGGCCCUGAAGGAAGUCAAAAAGUCUCGUGACUUGAAAUUUGGGGAACGUCUGGAAGGUGUGUGUACAUUGCUUCGGCUCACAAAAGCACGUUGCGAUAAGAUGAUGAAGGGCGAAGGACUCGACAUGGCCGUCGGCUGCCCACUUCAGAAGAUAUCGCUCUCGAAGAUGAAUCAUGGUCAAAAUGGGAAACGCCAGAAAUACAUUGAAAAAGGAAGGCCCAUGGUUGAGGGA